GGGCGGUCCCGCCCGCCGGGGCAGGCACAGCGCGGGCCGCAGGUACGAGCGGAGCGGAGGAGAGCGGCCGGGCCGGCGCGGCCAUGGGGAAGGUGCAGCUCUUCGAGAUCCGCCUGGGCGACAGCCGCGUCGUCUACAGCCCCGGCGAGCCGCUGGCCGGCACCGUCACCGUGCGGCUCUCGGGCUCGCUGCAGUACCGAGCCAUCAAGGUGAGCUGCAUUGGAUCCUGUGGGGUGUCCAACAAGAUCAAUGACACAGCAUGGACUGUGGAGGAGCAGUACUUCAACAGCACGCUGUCCCUGGCAGACAAAGGGGUCCUGACAGCUGGAGAGCACAACUUUCCCUUCCAGUUCCUGCUGCCAGCUUCUGCUCCUACAUCAUUUGAAGGCCCUUUUGGCAAGGUCCUGCAUCAGGUGAAAGCUGUGAUAGACACACCUCGCUUCUCCAAGGACUACAAAUGCAACAAGAUCUUCUACGUUCUCUGCCCUCUCAACCUGAACGACAUCCCUGACAUCGAGCAGCCCAACACCAUGUCCAUCACCAAGAAGUUCAACUACAAGCUUGUGAAAAGUGGCAACAUCAUCCUGACAGCCACGUCUGACCUGAAGGGCUACAUCGUGGGCCAGGCCAUCCAGCUCCGCACGGACAUCGAGAACAAAUCUGGCCGCGACACCGGCGCUGUGGUGGCCAGUCUGCUCCAGAAAGUGGCCUACAAAUCCAAGCGCUGGAUCUACGACCUGAGGACCAUCGCCGAGGUGGAAGGCUCAGGGGUGAAAGCCUGGAAACAUGCAGAAUGGAAGGAGCAGAUCCUGGUUCCAGCACUGCCCCAGUCCAUUCUGCAGGGCUGCAGCCUCAUCCACAUUGACUACUACAUCCAGGUUUCCCUCAAGUCUCCAGAGGUUUCUGUCACUCUCCCCAUCUACAUUGGAAACAUUGCUGUGAACAGGGUCCCGCUGAGCCCCUCCCGCUCCAUCCAGCACAUCCCAUCUGUGGUGGUCCCCAGUGCCCCCCCAGAGGAAGAGGAGGCUGCCAGUGGCUAUCACCCCAUGGACAAUGUCUCCAUCCCCACCAAAAGCCAUUCCCAGCAGCAGCCCUUCAGCUACGCCCCAGGACUGAGCUUCCAGGAGAUUCGGGCGGACUCGGAGCAGACGGGCUCCCCAAACCACCCCACACUCUGCCUGUCCACAGGAGCCACUGUCCCCUACUAUGCUGAGGGGAACGUGGUGCCUGUUCCCACAGCCAGCUCUCUCAUCCUGCCCCCAGAGUACAGCACGUGGGGAUACCCCUAUGAGGCACCUCCAUCCUACGAGCAGAGCUGCAGCAGUGCCAACUCCAGCAUCAGCAAUGGCAAUUAGCCCUCCCCUGCUCCGACCCCGCUGGCACUGCCCGCCCUGGCACCAUGGGGCACCCGCCUGUGGCACAGUCUGGUACAGCACAAGGCGUCUUCUUGUCUCUCUGGCUGCUUUGGGGGGGAGCUGCCACAUCCCAGCCUGGGCUUCUGAAGUCUCUUUCUGGGGAGGGGGUAAAAAAACCAAAAAGGGCAGCCAGAGCAGCCUGCAUGUGUGUAGGAGAGGUCAGGGAACCUGAACAGUCUCCUGCUGCUGCUGGAGAGCUGGAUGUGGCCCUGGAGCUCCCCUUGGAGCUCCUCCAAGUGCUGGGGAGCUGGAUGUGGCCCUGUGCCCUGGGCCAGCCUGUUCCAGUACUGUAGUCAACACUAACUGCUUUACUAUCAAAGCACCUGCGAUGCCUUAUCUGAAACACUCCUGACUCUGCACAGCCCCACUCUGAGGGAGGGCUGGGCUGUGUGGACUUGCUCUCCUCUUUUAGGGGCUGUGUGCUCUCCUCAAAUGGUUUUGACAGCCCUUCCUCCUUGUCCUCAGAGGUCCUAAGGGUAGCAGGAGGUUUCUUGGAGUAAGCAGGUUCAGAAGGUCAGGGACUUUAGAAAAGCCAAAAGCACAAACCCUCGCUGUACCUGAGCUGUGGGGGGAGUGAUGGCAGUGUCAGUGGCCAUGGGCACAGGGGGGCUUGUGGGGACACUUGCUGAAAAGCCCUGGUGAGCCCUGGGGAAGAUCCUGGUGUGGGAUGGGGUGUCUUUCUCCCCACAGAGCCCUGUGGGACACAGCCCAGCCUUGCUCACUGCUGGGCCCUGGCACACAGGACAGCAGCACUGCUCACUCUGGAGCAGGGGGACCACACUCCAUGUCCCUGCAGGGUGCCCUCUCCUCCCAGGCUGCAGCUGAGUGACCGUCAAUCACAAAAGUCUGUCUGAUGCUACCUCUGAGCCUGCCCAGGGGCCCUGCCCGUGGGAUCCCUCCCCUGUCUGUGGGGCUGUCCCUGGGAGUGGCUGUCCCUGCCAGGGCCCUGUGGUGGCCCUGUGUGUCCCCUGGGCCUGAGCAGAAUGUGACAAUGAACACAACCCGUGGGGAGCUGCAGCCUCUGCUGCACCUGGCACCUGGGGGAACGAGCUGGGUUUUCUUGCAAUUUUUCUUUUGUGCUUUUCCCCCCACACACCUUGUUUAGCUCAUUCAGCAUUGACUGCCCAAGCUGAGAAACCACAACCACGUCCCUCAGAGCCACAGGUGCCAGCCAGGCUGGAGUUGUGGCCUCCAGACCUUUGGCACCUCAGAGCUGGUCCCCACACGGCCCCAGGCUGGGCAGGCAAUACCUGACAGACCUUUAGGAGCAUUUCCAGCUGCUGCCUCCUUGCUCAGCCACCUCUGCACACCCUUCAGGCAGCUGGGACAGGCCCUGCUUUGCACUCUUUCUUUGCAAAUGCUUUUUUAUUUUGGUUUUUUUUAAGCAUUGAACUGCUUUAAGGGUAGUGUAGCAAAGGUGCCAUUCUGAGCAGUGCUGGCACAAGAUGCACCAAUGAUGAUAGAGUGAUUGUCAUUGUCCCUGAAUAUAUAUAAAUAUAUAUAUAUAUAUGAGAUGAAGUUGUUUUUAAUGAUUGAAUUCAGAAAUACAAAUUUUAAUGCUGUAUUUAAUAAAUUAUUCUAUGAGAAAUGCUGUGCUUUUUCAUCCAUUUCUGAUGCUGAUCCAUGUGCCUGUUCAUGCCAAAUCAGGAAUGCACCUUGCUGAUUUCUUACAAAAUGAAGUUUUUUUGCUCUCACCAGGAAAGGUGGUGAACUCUGCCAAGGCAGCUUGGGGAAAACAAACACGGUGUGACCUGACCACAGUGCCAGGCUCAAAAUUCCCCAUGGCUGGAGGGAAUUUGGGGCCACAGGCUUGGCUCUGGAGAGAGCAGCCACUGCAGCACUGCUGCUUCCCAGGCCCUGUGUCCCAAAGCCAGGAUUUGUCCAAGUGGCCCAGGAGUCCUGGGCAGUGCUCACUGCUGGCAGGGGAGGAGGGGGAGAGCAGCCUCUGCCUUUGGGAGGAUGGAGAUGGCAUAGCCAAGGUCUGGCUGGAAGGGCUGGGGACCACCAGCCCCAGCUCCUAAAGAGCCAUUUGGGAUAAACUUAUGGAAAGUUCUGAAGGAGAGCAACGAGGCUGAUGAGGGGCUUAGAACACAAGCCAUAUGAAGAACGACUGAGGGAGCUGGGGUUGUUCAGCCUGGAGAAAAGGAGACUCAGGGGUGACCUUAUCACUCUCUUCAACUUCCUGAAGGGUGGCUGUGGUGAGCUGGGGGCAACAACAGACAGAACAAGAGGACACAGUCUCAAGCUGCGCCAAGGGAGAUACAGGCUAGAAUUAAGGAGGAAGUAUUUUACAGAAAGAGUGGUCAAAUACAGGAAUCAUCUACCCAGGGAGGUGGUAGAGUCACCAUCCCUCGAAGAGUUUAAAAAAAGCCUGGAUGUGGCACUUGGUGCCAUGAUCUAGUUGAGGUGUUAGAACAUGGGUUGGACUCGAUGAUCUUAAAGGUCUCUUCCAACCUAGAAUUUCUGUGAUUCUGUGAAAGUGGAAGAAGGCUCCUCCCCACAAUCCCACUUUGGUCAUCCCAUGGCUGAAGCAGGCAGAUGUUGCCUCAAUGUUGUCACUGCAGGUAGCCUGGGCUGUGAUCUGUGUCUCAGACACAAAGAUCCUUCUUCAUUCUCUUCUCAGCCUAUGCUUCUGCCCAGCUUCCAUGGUUCUGGCUCUCCUGUGUUGGGUGCUGCCAUGAGCAGCAUUCUUCAUCCCCAAUGGGCCAAAGGCAGGUACAGCUCUUCCCCAGUGCUCUUCCUCUUCCUCCCACAUGGCUGAACCUGUCUUGCCUGGCUCAGUCUGCAGCUCCAUGGCCUUCCUUGCUGUUGGCUGUGCAAAUCCUUGAACCCAAAUCCCUUCCACACCCCUGGAAAAAUUCCUGUGAGCUGUCAAUGCUUCUGGACCUGCUGGGUUGGGCUGCAGGCUCCUGACCCGGGCAGGCUCAGGGAGAGGCAGGAAGGGCUGGGAACGGGACUGGUCUCCCAGCUCCUUCUCCAUGCCUGGGGCUGAGCUGCUGCUGAUGUGGCCAGCCCAUGUUCCUUGGCUGGAAAAUGAGAUUGCUGUUUGGUUGCUGUGGCCAGAGCCACUGGGCUGUUUUUCCAGACUCCCAGCCAGCAGCUGUCCUCCUUGUUCCACCUUUGGGAAUGUUCCACCUUUGUUUGGGACUGGCCCAUCCAUGGUGGAGGCAGUGGAGGAGGAGCCCCCACCCAGCCCGUGCUGUGCCCUGUCUCUGCAGUGCUCCUGUGCACCUCAGCUUGCUCUCCCCAAUUAUAUUUGCCACAACCUGGUCUUUGGGACCUCCUGCUGUACACUUUGCAAAGCAGGGAGCAAAUGGGGACACUCUUGUCUGGUGAGGAGUGUCCAUCACCACCAGCUGCUGUGGAGGGAGCAGGAAUGGGCUGGAGCUACACCUCAGGGUGGUGUUCAUCCUUUUGGGGGCCAGGGCUGCUCCCCAGCCCAGCUGCUGUGCAGGGCCCCUCAGAGCCAGGGUGCAGCAGCCAUCAGCCAGGGCUGGCUCUGAGCAGCCUCGUUGUGCAGGAGAAUUGACAUUACAAGUGACAAUCAGUGCUUUGCACCCCUCCUGCCCUGCCUUGGCUGUGCGGGGAAGUGAGGCCUGACCCAAAGAGCCUGGCUGAUGUUCUAUGGAGCCCUUUGAAAUGGGCAGCACUGCAGGAUGGAGGGGUUGGUCCGGCUCUCCUUGAUCCCCCCUGCAGGGUGGCACUGUCAGCAGGUCCUUGGGGAGGGCUUUGGGUGUGGGGCAAAGCCAGUGUUUGGGUUUGGGGUUGAGUCUGGACUCGCCCUCUCCUGAGAGGAUCAACCCCUCUGUCCCCUGUCCACAGCCUCUCUGGUUCCACCUCUUGGGGAGCUCCUUUAGGCCCUUGAUCCUCCCUCCCUCCUCUUGCUGAACACUGAAAUAAAGAGGAAAAGCCCAUUUUUCUGAUCACAGCUCUGGGGAAAGAACUUCAGCAUGCAGGGAUUCAUUCUAAUUCCUGGCUUUGAAGCAAUUGUUUUUGGGCUUGUUUGAAAUGGGGAGGGGGAGCAGUGGGGCACGAGAGAAGCUUGUGAGUUAAUUGUUUCCAAACUCAGUGUCCAAUGGAAAACACCAAAAAUAACAUCAGUUCUUUUUUUUUUCCCUGCUGCUUUUAUGUCCUUCAUGGUUUUGUUCUUUUCCUACUCUUCACAUAUCCCACCUCCAUACCUUUGGCUUUUUCAAUGUUGUUUGUGUCCUAAACUAAACUCUGCUUUGGCAUCUGCUGUCCCACUGCCUGCAGGAGAUGGGGAAAGGGGAGUUGGGGGAUGCAAAGGCUCUUCUUUCUUUUUGACAAUGAUUCUUUUUUAGCUUUCCACUGAACUUCCAGGAGUUUUGUAAAAAUAAAUAUUUUCUGCUAGGACGUUUUCCUGUUGAGCCAGCACAAGGCAGGAGAUACAGGGUGUUCUAGGCUCCAUUUGGGUUUUAUUCUAUAUUUUAAAAUAUUUGCAACUAUCUGCAACAGGAAUGUCCCAUCCCUCCUCCCCAAGAGAGACUGGCAGGGUAAAACCCACAAAACUUGUGCCCUUUCUUGUACCACUACUCGUGGCUGUAAUUCUUUAUUCCUGUGGUUCUCUUUACAGAUUUUGGGGUUUUAUACAACAAUUUGUGAUGGCUCUGUACAACCUAAGACUUCUGUGCAAUUUAUAACUGGGUUUUGAAAUGUAAACUCGCAGUUUUCCAUGUUUACCACGGCUUCUGGGGAGUAUUUUUGUCCUGGGUUUUAACCCCCCAAAUGUAAAGAACUGGAGAAAUGUAAAUAAAGAUGAUCUUUUU